AAUAUUGUUGUUUUGUGGGAAUCUGAAAUCCAAGCCAAAACAAGGGGAUUUAGGUAGAAAAAGUGUUUUGUGGGUAGAGAGAGACAGAAUCAGCAUCCGAAAUAGGAUCAGGAUCAGCGCCUGUACUUGUUUUCAUCGUUAUCAACAAAGCUAAAAUACGUGAUUCAAUUGACACCCAUUUGAAAGAAUAUCAGAAUUUUCUGCAACAGUAGACAUAUAUACCAUGUAAAGGGCAUAAUGGUUAUGCACUUUGCGUAGGUAUCAAGGGCCUUAGCUUGCUUUGUCAUCCUUACUAACGACGAAAAGUUUCGAUGCAAUUAAAUAUUCAAUUCAAAAUCUCAUCUUGUGCAUCAGAUUGUAUGUAGGUCAGCAACAUCAAUCAACUUGUUCUCUCAAUCCUUAUCGUCAACAACAUAAGGGCCUUGUUCAAUUCAUACCCAUUUAGAACCCAUAUCUGCUCCAGCAGAUAAAUAUAUUAUAUUCAACAGGAAGAGUGUUAUUUACAUUGUAGAUGCAUCAUGGUUGUCCUUGGGGAAAUGCAGGAGCAGCAGAGAAGUAACAUUGAGAGCUUCAAUUGGCUGGUGAUCGUGCCUCCCUUUGCCUGCCAGUGGCUGGUGGAAGAGGAGUUCAAGUUCAGAGAGGCGGGGAGGGGCUGUAUAGCCUUUGAGGCCUACGCAGACAACGACAUAACACUGGUUUUCAAGGAACAGGCUGGCAGCGAACAUUACCAUUACAGGCGUGACAACACACCCAAUUACACGAUUGUUCUUGGGAGCCAUCGGAACAGGCGGUUAAAGAUAGAAGUCGAUGGGGUCAGUGUUGUGGAUAUGGUAGGAAUAGGCCUUUGUUCUGCCUCGGGGUUCGAAAGCUAUUGGAUCAGUAUCUAUGAUGGUUUGAUUACUAUUGGUAAAGGUGGGGAUCCUGGGCACAAUGUGAUGUUUCAAUGGUUAGAUAAGCAGCCCAAGUCUAAGGUGCAAUAUGUGGGGCUUAGCAGCUGGGACAAGCAUGUUGGGUAUAGAAAUAUUAGGUUGCUGCCCUCUCCUGACAUUAAGUCUGAACAGAAAGAGUUAGGAGAGGAGGAGGGCUUUGGACGGUUUCUGGAGAGUUGGGAUUUGGCAGAUUUGAGAAUUGUGGUGGGACCUGAAGGGAGAAUUGUGCCUGCACACAAGGUGGUUUUGGCCUUCUGUUGUGGUGGGCUUGUGAUGGAGGAGGGGGUCAUUAUAUUGCCUUCUGUGGAGUAUCCAACUCUACAUGCCUUGCUUCAGUAUCUGUACCCUGGGCGAACACAAGUUUCCGAGUCACAGCUAGAAGCACUGAGAAAACUGAGUGAAGAGUUUGGUGUUGAAUCCCUAGUCGUUCAAUGCCAACAAAUGAAGGAUGCAUUUAAGAAUACAUCAUUUAGGGAGGAUCAUAAACUAGAAAUCCUAAACUCCAAUGUGGUCAAUUUUUUGAGAAAUCAUCUGGCUUUCUCAGCUGACAUACCAAUUGAUGUGCAGAAGUUGAAGCAUUUCUUUCAAACUGGUGAUUACAGUGAUGUUGAUAUUUAUAUAGAGGGCCAUGGUCUUGUUACCCGAGCACACAAGCUUGUUUUGAGUGUUUGGAGUGCUCCUUUUGCUAAGAUGUUCACAAAUGGGAUGAGUGAAAGCAACUGCUCAGAAGUCUGCUUAGGGGAUGUCUCCCCUGAAGCACUUUUAGCUAUGUUGGAAUUCAUGUACAGUGGGCAACUAAACUUUGAUGAAAAACAGGACAUGGGAUCUGUAUUGCUCCCACUUGUAUUGCUGGCAGAUCAGUUUGGGGUUUACCCACUUCGAGAAGAAUGCUGUGAAUAUUUGCUCGAGUCUCUAUCAGAGGAUUCGGUAUGUCCAAUUCUGCAGGUGGUUUCCUCAAUGGCAGGAUGCAGGCCACUCGAAGAAUCUUGUGAAGAAUACUUUUCCAAACAUUUUGAUUACUGUACUAAUGCCAGCACAGGUUUUAGAAUGUUAGAAGAGGCUUCAUUUAUGAGAAUAAUUCAGCACCCUGAUUUGGUAGUGACAUCCGAAGAAAGGGUUCUGGAUGCUGUUCUUACAUGGGGAUCACAAGAAGAUAGCCAUUGUGGUUGGGAGACAAUAAAUGAGCAUCUAGGGGUGUGCACUUCUGCCACUAUGUUUGGACAGAAGUUACAGCCUCUGGAUGGUUUGCUUCCCCUAGUUCGCUUCCCUUUAAUGCCGCUUGGUUUGCUUCAAAAGCUGGAGCAAAGCAACCUAAGCAAGCAAAUACCAGUUUUCGAGGAGCUAAUAACAGAAGCACUUCUGUACCUUAAAUCUGAUUCAGUUGACCUAACAAAUGAGCAAAAGCAACAGUCUAAGGCGUUGGAGAUAAAUAAGCAAAGCCGGUUGAGUACUUGUAUGAGAUUUCAUCACAGACCAACAAGUUUUAAAGAGCUCUUGUAUAUAUGUGAUGGUGAUCGUAAUGGUGUAAUUUAUUAUGCUGGUACUUCAUAUGGUGAACACACAUGGAUGAAUCCUGUUCUUACAAAGAAUAUUUCUGUGACUGCAAGUAGCCCUAUGUCACGAUUCACUGAUGCCAAAGCACUGGCUUCACGAAAAUACCAGGCUACAUCCUUUGCUGGACCUCAACUUGAAGAUGGGAAGUUGUGUGCAUGGUGGAAAGUUGACUUAGAGAAAGGCCACAAGGUUUGCAACUAUUCUUCUCAUGUGCAAUUACUACACACUAAGACAGGAUGGCUCAAUGGGUUAUAUUCGAUCAUGGAGUUUGCAGGGUUCAUUGGAUGGGAAGCAUUGGACAGAUUUGCGACAACAUAUAAAUGAUCAGACAAUUUGCAGGCCUAGGCAGUUUGCAUCAUGGCCUAUACAUGGUGCCAAUGCUUAUCUUCCUUUCUGUUUUUUCAGAAUUUUACUGACAGGGCCUACUACAUCGACAUCAAAUCCAUGGAAUCUCUGCAUUUGCUAUCUAGAAUUAUAUGGUUAUUUCAAGUGAUCAUGGGGUUGUAUCCUGUUGAUCAUGUUGGCAGCCUACUUAUUGUCUCUAGGGCAUUGAUUCUACUUGUAGACAAAUGGUUCUUGUGCUAUUUGUAAUCAGAUUUUCAUUUUACCAUAUAGAAUAAUUUGGAAAUGCUCAAAGCUUGGGCAGAUUGUUGCUCUUUCUUCUGUGCGGUCAUUAGUGUCUCUGUUGCUGUAAAUAUAAUACUAAGAUGUUUUUCCAGCAAUUGUAAAAUUGUUGGUGAUGGAUUGCAUAGUGUGCAACAAUUUUAUCAUCAACAUCAAGAAUAACAUUUGAGCAUCUAGGAACGUGUGCCAUGAUGUAGUUGCUAGGUGAACUGAAAGUUAUGUAAUUUGUUUUAACUUUUCUUUUUAGACAGGGAAAUUGGGUUA